AUCAGCUGUUCAUUUGAUACUUGAUGUAUUUGUGAAAUCUGUGACGCCUUAAUUGUUUAUAAUAUUUUAUUAAAAUAAGUAUUAUUUCUAUUAACGUAUUGUUAAAAUACGUUCCAAUAAGUUUAUUUAAAUAAUAAAAAAUUUAAUAAAAAUUUUUUUGGUGUAUCAAUUGUUUAUUGAAUCACGAUUUUCAAGAUGGAUAAAGGUUACACGUUCGUUAAGAAACACAAGAUUGUGUAUGAGUGGAAAAUAAAAAAAAUAAGUUCUCAUUUCAAAAAGAUAGAAGGUGAUUCUACUACUUUAAAGUCAUCAGAGUUUUCCACAGGAGCUAAAAUUAACGACAAGUGGCUUCUUAAAUUACAUUUCAAUAAUGGUACUAGCCCUGUAUAUUCUGAAAAAUAUAUGUCAAUAUUUUUGUAUAAUUUGAAUAACUACACUGUAACAGCUGAAGUUAAAUUUAUAAUGUUUCAUACUGAACAAUACAGUGGCUCUACUGAACAAUGCAUUGUCUUUUUAAAGAAUAUCAAAAACGAAUUCAAGAUGAAUGCCGGCCAGGGUUGCGAUGAAUUUAUACGGAAAGAAUACUUAUUAAAAGCUAAGUCUUCUCUGAUACCUGAUGACGUUUUAACAGUAGGCGUUGAAGUCAUUGUUACUGAUAAUGUCAGUACAGUUCCCAUUAAAAGUUCAUUUAGCUUUUCAAAAAGUCCAUUGGUAGAUGACAUUAAAAAAUUAUACAAAAAUAAAGAGGACACUGAUGUCACUAUUGUCAUUGAGGAGAAAGAGUUCCAAGCACAUAGAACAAUGAUAAUGGUGCGAAGUCCAGUGUUGGGUGAAGUGAUCACUAAGGAGUGGAUAGAAAACAAAUCAAAACUAGUUUACUUAACAGGCAUCAGUUCCUCAAUCUUUGAGAAAGUCUUGGAGUAUAUUUACACAGAUGAGGUAACUGAUCUAGAUGCCGUUGCUGCUGAUUUGUUGGAAGCCUCCGACAAGUAUCAACUUUUGUCGCUUAAGAAAAUUUGUGAACACUCACUCUGUACAACUUUGAAAUGUGAUGAUGUUGUAAAACGAAUGAUACUAGCUGGUCGUCAUAAUGCUAGACAAUUGUUGGAUUACAUUACCAAGUGUAUUGUAGCCGAUGCAUCAAAUAUUAUGGAGACAGAUGAUUAUAAAGAACUGGAAAACUCACAGCCAUCUUUAGGAUUUCUGAUGUUCAAAAAAAUAGUGUCAAGUUUAAAUAUCAACAAUUCUAAAAUUACUUAUUCAUCUUAGUACCUAGCAAGCGGAAAAGAAAAUUAAAACAGUUUAACUUUCACAACUUAGGAAGAAUAUUCUUACACAUUAAUUAUUAUCAAUAAUACUUUAUAUACUUGUCGUUUUUUUUCACAAAAAUUUUGUAAUAAAUAUUAGUUUAUCAUUUAUAAUAACUAUUUACAAUGUAU